AUAAGAGAAUGGUCUGAACGUGUUUGAGGCAGCAGGAACUAAAUGCUGAGAGAAGAUGAGUGACGUGAAAGUGGAGGAGAGCAUCAUGUCGUACUUAUCACAGACUGAGACUGGCGCCGGCCCCAAAGACUUGAACGUGGUGGCCAUUCUUCAUAACUUCUGGGAGCAGAAGCAGCUGAAUGGUUCCUCCAGUGACUCAGAUGGUUUUGGUGGGAAAGGAGCUGGUCAGACAGAGAGCCUGCUGUUGUACGAAUCUGCACCUUCUCCUGGUCCUCCGUACGUCUGCUAUGUCACGCUUCCUGGAGGAAGCUGUUUUGGUAACUAUAAGGUGUGUGAAACUCAAGCAGAAGCUCGGAGGGACGCGGCUCGCGUGGCUCUGAUGAACUCACUUGUGAAUGAGUUGCCAUGUCGACGCAUUGACCCUGAGUUCAUCGCUCAUAGUUUGCGUCAGGCGGCCAGAGACAGUGCUGUUUCUGUAGAAGAAGCAUGUGAUUCGGGUACCAGUAUAGGAACCUACAGUUUGCUGCUUCACUCCUACAUUGGAAGGAGCAUGCUGGAGUUCCAGGAGAUGAUGACAAUUUUCCAGUUGUUGCACUGGAACGGGACUCUGAAAGCUCUGAGGGAAAGGCAGUGCUCUCGACAGAGUGUGAUUAGAUAUUACUCUCAGCGAGGACUUGAUGAGUACGUGCGCAGCAAUAUGGCUCUGGAUUGGCUCGGACGGGAGCAGAGAUCACCGGGUCUCAUCAGAGCUGAGUUGCAGGUGGCACAGAGGGAGCUAGUGUUGGCCCGGCGUCGAGGCGUAGAGCUGCGCUUCUACAAGGAAAAGACAGAGAUCCUUAGCUUGGCUCUCAGCCAAGCAUACAUUCACCACACACCUGAGGUCUUCAGCCAUUCACUGAGUCGCAAAUACAAGCAAGAGCACCUGCCUUUAGACACAUUUUACAGCCAGGACACAGAAGCCCAGAGAGCCCAGCCCUUAAGCCAUUUGCCACCGGUCCAUAAAAACACACAGCAAACAGUCUGUGAAGCCUCUGGACUCUCUGAUAGUCCUUCACCAUGCUCAGAGCAAACAUUUGAGCCUUUAGAUGACUUUGAAUAAACUGAAUCACAAAGUAGAGGAUGGGCGAAAUAUAUUGCCAUUUAACUCUAUACCUCCUAAAGGCCCACUAGGAUUAACCAUGAAGCUCUUUUCUGAAGUGUUUUCUGUCAUAUUUGACACAUGAGAAGUUAGUGAGGGUAUUCUUUGUCUAUGCAGCUACCUUUGGAAAAAAUCUGCUACAUCUACAUUUGCUACACAGAAGGCAACUAGAAUGUUUUUUGUCAGCAUGACUGAGAGUUUAAAAAGAGUUUUUACAAAAUUGGGUUGAGGUGUUAUUAUGAUGCCCAACCAUUAUUAACAUACUGUUUAGUUUGUGACUAUAAAAGUAUGGCUCACUGUAAUGUAUA